CUGGAAUAGCACGCGGGAGUAAGAAUGGCGAAGCGAUUACGUACUCAGAGGUUUAAACAUAAAGUAACAUAGAGAGUGGGAAGUUCAGAUGGUUCAGUUUUCUGAAUUAUGGCAGGUUCUGAUGGUGAUCAGAGCAGUAUUAAUCUUAGUCUUCGCCUUUGUCGAGGAUCCAGUGACUCUAGGGAAUCUUUUUAUAUGGACUUCGACCGCGGUAUCGACUCUGACAUCGAAGAAAUCGGGUCAGGGACCUGUAGUCCUUCUCAUGUGCCCGCAAACUCAGGUCAAGACACUAAAGUCUUAUUCACAAAGGCCGAGCCAGGGCAGAAAAAGACGGAAGCUGACAGACACUCUACGAUAUCAGAGGAAUGUUCCACUGAGCUGUAUUUAGAAGGGGAGUAUCCGGGUCCAAGUAAAGGAGAUUGGGCAGAUUCACCUCAGUCACUUCGAAAACCAUUGAAAGCAUCCAAAUCCCCUGAAGAACAUCAUCUGGUGAGGAAUGAUUCUUCUGUACAUAUUUCCACCAGUUCAAUUAAUAUGCCUGGAAAGAACAUAGAUGUGACAACUACCCAUCUAGCCAAGCAAGAAGACAUUUUAAUUCCAAAAGAGUGUCCAGUCCAAAGAAGUGAAGAUUCUGGUCUGGGAACAACAAGUAACCUUCAAACAAGUCCUAGGAAACGACCUGGUCAACUGACUAUGGACUUGAAACAGCAACCUAUCUCUUGCAGCAGUUCAUUCCUAGGUUCUUGUUCAAGUCUGGCCAAUACACCCACCUUGGAAAAGAAUGGCCAAUGUGGCUGGAAAAAAGAGGGGGAUGGUGUAGUGAAGAUGUUGAGUGCUAUUUAUGCUAAGCUCUUGGUUGUCAUGGGAAUAUGUUUCCCUCUUGGUGAAGUCAUUUCACAUCGAAUUCCUAUUUCUUAUUAUGAGGGGUUCUACUUAUAUCUCUACUUUGGCAGCAUUGCUUUCCUCUUCUAUGUUUAUGUUUUUCUGCUGAGUUGUGACAAUAAAGAUGAGAACACCCACUCUGGUCGAGCCCAAAAGUUUGUUCAGAGGUUUUUCAAAAGAUUAAUUCCAGUUAAUCGCAACAGCAGUUGUAGCCUGAGCACCAACAGUAACCACAAGAAAAAAGUAAAUGAUGGCCCUCAUUGUGGCAGUUUUUACCUUAGACUUGGAGCAGUAGCUUUUGGAAUUGGAAGUAUGAUUUACUCCGGAUUAGAGUUUGGACAGUUUUUUGAGCUCAAGAAAAAGUCCCACUGUUACAACAUUUUGUAUGGUCUAACCCCCAGCACAAGAAUGGCAUUCACCUUCAUUCAGUUAUAUUUUAUUUUCCUUAAUUCAAGGAUGGCUAUUAACAAGUUCAAAACAUUAGCCAGGUUUGGUUUGAUGCACAUGAUUGCAACUAAUCUUUGUGUCUGGCUGCAUGUGCUUGUUGCUGAGACUAAACAUGAGAUCAUGACAAUCAUAAACCAUAAUUACACAGCGAAGGUUCCAUCUUUUGUACUGCAGGUUAAAGGAGAUUUUGCUGAUGAUCAUCACAAAUUGAAGGAAGAACAAAGUAAUCACUUGGCCGUGAAUGGACAUCAGAACCUUCACCAUCAUAGUAUUGAAAAAUCGCUUGAACACGGAAUAUACAUAAGUCAUGAGUGUCGCCGAUCUAACAUUAUGGGUGAACUUGUGCAGGACGCUAGCCCAUUUCUUUUUCCUUGUACAAUCGAAUACAGUUUGAUCUGUGCUGCCAUUUUGUAUGUUAUGUGGAAAAACAUCGGGAAAAAUACGGUUAACGUCGAGAAUACCAGUAAUGGUUCAUAUUCCUCUCGACAUCGCCACCAUUAUACUGUGGACUGCACCAAAGCUAACAAGGGCCUCUUCACUGGCAUUAUUGUUUUGGUUUUGGCCAUCAUCAGCUUAAUUCUGUUCUUUGUCCUCAUCAACAAAGAAUUGUACAAGAAUUUAGCAGUCAUGGAAGCUCAUAUCUUCGAACUUGCUCUAUAUAUUUUGACGUCACUCGUGGUGAUUAUAGCCUUCAUACAAAUAAGAGAGCUAAGAUACAAUCCUUACAGGAAUAUUGAGCUGGAUAACAUUUUGCUAAUUGUAUCUCAGAGUGGACUUUACAUUUUCACCAUGUUCAGUAUUAUUGGUGGUCAUUUCACAAUGGAUAAGAACACAGUGUUGGUUUUGCUAACAGCAAUAGCGUGCCUUAUCCAAGCCACACUACAGACAAUUUUCAUUCUGGAUACUUCCCGACGCUAUUGUAAAAAUAGUGACCAGAUGAGAAGGAAACCUGGCCGAGAGAUGGUCACCUUCCUCCUGGUUUGCAACUUUGCCAUGUGGUCUAUCAACACUUUAGAAACUCGUAGAGCUGAUUCCAAUCCUGUUCAGAUGCAUUUCUACGGCUUCUGGGCCUGGACAAUCAUCACUCAUGUGACUACUCCUUUGACAAUUUUCUUUCGAUUUCAUUCUACUGUCUGUCUCUGUGAUAUAUGGAAACGUUGUUACAAAGUUAGAUCUGAACUGAUAUAAGUAUUGUGGUAAAUCCCAGAAACUUGGGUAUGAAAAUACUAAAGUUUGAAAUUAAAUAAUUACUACGAAGUUGAGUCAGAGUUCAUCCUGGUGAUAUUGAAAUAUAGGUUAGAUUUUUUUUUGUUUUUAGCUACCUGAAAAAUAAAUAUUUGACUUCAAAAAUUACCAGUUUAGAAACUUUUUUUUUUUUAGUAGUAAAUGUAAUCUAAAUAAUGAUGGAUGCAAAUACCAUAGCACCCCCUGUUCGAUGUAAUUACUAAAUAUUGUAGGGUUUUUGUAUAUGUUGUCCUACCGUCCGGGUAUUUGUGUUUUUAUGUGUAAGUUAAUUUUUUAAGAGGUUAACAUUUAUCGAUUGAUUUUUAGGUCGGCAAUUUACAGUAUUCUAAAUUAUACAUUUUUUUCUGAUCGUUCAAAAGCUGUUAUACACGUUGCUAUCUACCUUUCAAAGUAUUAAUCCUGUAAAUAAUAUCAGAUUAUGCAUUUCUUGUUUAUAUAAAGAGAUGUUUUUAAAUUUUUAUACUAACUAUUAACACAAUAUUUAAACAUAAAAUGGAGAUGAUCACGUGUGGUUAGUUUAUUUCUUUUGAAAAUAAGGCAGAAAUCAGAAGAAUAUGUUGCCGUUUACAUCAAAUUACAUGCGAUUUUAUAAAAUGCACUCUGAAUUUUCUAUUUUCUAUAAAAUAUUUAGCUAUAAUUAAAUUAAAAGCAAUAAUUAUAGAAUACAGAACAAGCUAAGGUAUAUUACUUAGGCCUAUCGACUGAAAUAGAGGUAGUGUGGCCCACUGACUAAUGCUUUGGACUCGCAAUCGGAAGGUUACAAGUUCGAUGAUUUCUUGCGACAUGUUGUUGUAACCUUCAACAAAACUCUUAACUCCAAUUCUUUCAAUCUACCCCGAUCUAUAAUGGGUAACAGCGGGUAGUUGGGGGUUAACUUGUAAUGGACUGGCAUCCCGUCCAGGGUAAUUGAUGGGUUACCAGUCUCAUCGGUAUGCUACAUUCAAACUGGAUUUCAUCGCCAAUUAGGCAAGCGAUGAAUUUACUUUUAACCAUCGAUUUAAGUUCGUGUGUCUCCUCCAAACACAAACACACACACAUUGCUGUCUUGCCUACAGUAUUAAGAAAUAAAAGUUUAUUAUAAAACGCAGUUAUGCUUUACUGAUGGUAUAAAAAUAUAUAAAGAACUGGACACAAAUGUUGUCGGAUAAUUUAUAGAAUGAUUCACCUGGAAUGUAAAGGAUAGUAAAAGUUUUGUAUUAUGUAAACUUUACUUAACGUCAUAAAAAGAAACUAGGCCAACUGUGACUCUCGUUUGGAGACCAAAACGAAGGAAAAAAAAUAUCCCGAAACAUCCUGUAACAUGUUGUACUCACGUAAAAAAAACGUCGCGAAAAUGACAAAAAGCGUGUUCCUCUCCUUGUUCUACGUAUUGACAAAAUAGUAACUAAAAUAUUAUGGCAAAAGCUCCUGUGUAAAUAGAAAUAUCUUAAAAAUAAUCCAGUGAUAUUUAAAAAGUGUCACUUAAAAUAUGCUAAUUAUCAUAAAUGAUGCUAUUGAAAUUACUGCAAGAAGAAAAGUGCCACGAAAAUGAGAAGUUUACUUAAAUGAAAAAUUAAAGAUGUGUUAUUUUCACAAUCGAUAAAAAAAAAAACAAUAUAUUCACAAUACUUAACCGACUGAAUAUUUAAAGUCAAGGGAUUAAUUGACUUCCCUUUCAAACUAAAGAUAAGCACGUGUUUCAACUCAACAAUUUUAUUUUCAAGUCAUACCUACGGUAAUAUGUGAUUAUUCCUACUCAUUUCUUUCUUUUUUUUUU